CGGGGCGCGCCCGCCGACCCCGCCGACCCGGACGCGGAGCCGGACUCGGACCCGGACCUCCGAGCCGAACCCGAGCCCGAACCUGACCCCGAGCCGGGUCCCCGCGCGGAAACCCGGCCCGAGUUCCAGCCGGGCCCGGUCGGCCCGGUGGACGCGGAUCCCCGGCUCCAGCCGCACUCCGAACCGGACCCGGAUCCUGACCCGCACCCCGAGCCGGACGCCCACUCGCACCGGGCCCCGGAGCCGGAUCUCAGCGUUGCAACUGAACCCGAGCUCGAGCCGGACCCGGUGGGCCCGGUGGACACUGAUCUCCGGCUCGAUCUGCACUCGGACCCGGACCUGCACCCCGAGCCGGGCGCCGACGUGGACCGAGCUCCGGAGCCGGAUCUCAGCGCGGAAAUCCAGCCCGAGUUCGAGCAGAACCCGGUGGGCCCGGUGGACACUGACAUUCGGCUCGAGCUGCACUCGGACCCGGACCCGCAGCCCGAGCCUGACGCCGACGCGCACCGGGCCCCGGAGCCGGAUUCCAGCGCGGAAACCCACCUCGAGUUCGAGCCGGGCCGGGUAGGCCCAGUGGACACCGACCUCCCGCUCCAUCUGCACUCGGACCCGGACUCGCACCCCGACCCCCGACUCGAGCCCGACCCACACCCCGAGCCCCUAGGCAAGCCGCACGCGGACUCAGACUCGGACCCCGAGCCCGGUACCGGCACCGGUGCCGAUGAGCCCCUGCUGGAGCUCGGGCCGCUCUUGUGGCCCGCGGAACCCGAGACGCCGCCGCCGCCGCCAGCGCCUCGCGAGCCCGAGGACCCGGGGCCCGGCGCUGGCGAGGCCGAGCUCUUUCCAGCUCGCGAGGGGGCAGCCGCCGACCCUGAGCCGGCCUCGAACCCUUGCCAGGCGCAGCCAGGCCCGGGCGAAGCCGACGACGGCCCCCGGCUCCGCGCCGUGUUCGAGGCGCUGGACGCGGACGGGGACGGCUUCGUGCGCACCGAGGACUUCGUGCAGUUCGCCACGGUCUAUGGCGCCGAGCAGGUGAAGGGCCUGACUCGGUACCUGGACCCCAGUGGGCUUGGUGUCAUCAGUUUCCACGAUUUCUUCCGCGGAAUCACGGCCAUCAGAAAUGGAGAUCCUGAAGGGUCACCGGCCUUGCUGGUCCCAGAGGAGGAGACCCAGACCUGUCCUGAUGAGUUUGACGACUUUGUCACCUAUGAGGCUACCGAGGUGACGGACAGUGCCUACAUGGGCUCCGAGAGCACCUACAGUGAGUGUGAGACCUUCACCGACGAGGACACCAGCACCCUUGUGCAGCCUGAGAUACACCCUGAAGGGGACGCAGACAGCACGGGCGGUUCUGCCGUGGCCUCGGAGUGCCUGGACGGUGUGGAGGAGCUUGGCCAUGGGGCCCUGUUGCUGCUCCCAGGCAGAUCCCUCCUGCACAGUCAGGUCGCGGUCACCGUGAUCCAAGGCGAGGAGCAUUUUGAGGACUAUGGCGAGGGCGGGGAUGGGGAGCUGUCCUCGGAGAGCCUGUGCAAUGGGGAUCAGGCCUGCAGUGACCCCGCCUUCCUCCCCCCCAGCGCCGACCCUCUCACCACCAAGCUCCAUGGUAUACUCGCUGAUGAGGCUUUUGAGUUUUACUGUAGCCAGUGCUACAAACAAAUCAACCGUCUAGAGGACCUUUCUGCGCGCCUGAAUGACCUUGAGAUGAAUAGCCCAACGAAGAGGCUCUCCAGCAAGAAGGUGGCAAGGCACCUGCUCCACUCCGGGGCGCUGAGCAUGGAGGCCCUGCAAGCCCCACCCAUGGAGCCCAUGGAGGACAUGGACGAGGAUAUUGCUGACAAAGUCAUCUUCCUGGAAAAACGGGUUUCUGAGCUGGAAAGGGACACAGUGGCCAACGGGGAGCAGCACAGCCGGCUGCGUCAGGAGAACCUCCAGCUGGUGCACAGAGCCAACGCGCUGGAGGAGCAGCUGAAGGAGCAGGAGUUGAUAGCCUGUGAGAAGGUGCUGGAGGAGGCGCGGAGGCAGCGGGAGCUGCUGUGCAGGGUGGAGAGAGAGAAGAGCAUUGAGGUGGAGAACUUGCAGGCCAGGCUGCAGCAGCUGGAUGAGGAGAACAGUGAGCUGAGGUCCUGCACGCCUUGCCUGAAGGCCAGCAUCCAGCGGCUGGGCGAAGAGAAGCAGAAGUUGCUGGAUGAGAUUGAGGAGCUGUCGCUACGGCUCAGUGAAGAACAGGAGAACAAGAGGCGCCUGGGGGACAGACUGAGCCAGGAGAGGCACCAGUUCCAAAGGGACAAGGAGGCCACCCAGGAGCUCAUCGAGGACCUACGCAAGCAGCUGGAGCACCUGCAGCUGUUCAAGCUGGAGGCAGAGCAGCGCCGGGGCCGGAGCAACAGCUCAGGGCUGCAGCACUACAACAGCCGUACCAGGGAGAGUGAGCUGGAGCAGGAGGUCCGCAGGCUCAAACAGGAUAACCGGAGCCUGAAAGAGCAGAACGACGAGCUCAAUGGGCAGAUCAUAACCCUGAGCAUCCAGGGAGCCAAGAACCUCUUCAACACGUCCUUCUCCGAGUCCCUGGCUGCUGAAAUUAGCUCUGUGUCCCGAGAUGAGCUGAUGGAAGCGAUUCAGAAGCAGGAGGAGAUCAACCUACGUCUGCAGGACUACAUCGACAGGAUCAUCGUGGCCAUCAUGGAAACCAACCCUUCCAUCCUGGAAGUCAAGUAAAGGCCGGAGUGCCCUGGGUGGUGCUUGGUUGUCAGGCUGGACUGAGCCGUGGUGAGCUCUUGUCCGUCUGUGCUCACACCCAAGCCUCUGCCACUCUCAGGGUGGUGUCAGGGGGACAGGGCAGGUGAGGCCCCGAGCACAGAACCAACUAGGAGCUGCAGCCCCCCAGCUUCCCUGGAGCCCCGCAUCUCCCACACUCCGUCUCCUGUGCUGCUCUUGCCACUGCCUCACCAGGCCUGGGAGUGCAGGACAUGCUUAGGGCACUUCCCCCUCUGGACCUUUGCUGCAGUGACCCUUGGGCACCUUGAGCUCAGGACCAGGUGGACACAAGGAUGAUGCCAGCUCCGUGCUUUCUGGUGCCAGCAACGCUGUCUCGGGUGUGGCCUCCCAUCCCACGUGUCCUCAGCUGCCCUCUCCAAGCCAUGGUCCAGAUGCUGGGGUGACUCAGAAGUGCCCCCUAAAAAAAUACCGGUCUUGGCAGCUUCCACUCAGAAAUGCAGCCGCCCUCCCCUCCCACCCCAAAUUGCUGAAAGCCUGAACAGACUGUGUGUGUGUGUAUAUGCGUGCGUGUGUGUGAGCAUGGGUGCCCUGCCUCCUUUGGCCUCCCUCUGCCCCCAACCCCAGAGAUAUGAUGUGGCCUCAUAAUUGUACAUUUUGGGGAAAGCCUUGGGUGUAAAUCACUGUAAACUUGGAGAGAUUUUUUAUCAUGUAGAGUAGGUAUUUUUUAUAGAUUGCUGGUUGAUCAAUUUUUUAAUACUCUGAGAGAAAACUGUGUAUACACAUGAAAUAUAUAUAUAUAUGUAUGUA